UUAUAAAGAAAACAGAGAAACUCUUCUAAUAUGAAUAGUCAGCAGCAAAUGCCUAACAAUGGCACGGUUAUGUAUGGCAGCGGGCUCGUCUUUGGCGGAAAAGUGUAUCCCGUUCUGGUGGAUGGUGUUCCCAUGCAGCCGCCCUUGAGUGCUCAACAGGCGGCAGUGCAUCAGCGAAUGCAGAUGAAGCAGAUACAGCCGCAGGCUCCAGCAACUCAGGGCCACAAGGGCAUUGCACCUCAUCCGUCAUAUGGACGAAGUUGUGACCGACCAGAAACUCCAGGUCCUGCACCAUCGUAUAUGACCAAGCCAAGCCAGCAGAGCUUUAGUCCAUGUCCUGGUGCUACCAUCGCCCAGCAGCAACAGCAGCGGCACCAAUUGCAGUCACCGUGCAACAACCAGGCGAUUAUACAACAGCUCCAGGCGCAGAUACUGCAACGACAACUACUGCAGGCUUCCAUGGGCAAUCCCUACAGCCACUACGGCAACUACAACCUGCAAUCGAAUGCGGGCGACGAUACUAGCAGCUGGAAUGGCUAUGCCAUGAUGCACCCAUCGGAUGCAAAUAAACCGUAUACAUUCAGCUGGAAUCACAUCGAUUGA